AUGACCCACGGAGGCCUAACUGCCUCACCUGCCCUCUGCCAGGACCUGCCUCCUUCGCCCCUUACAGCACCUAACGCAGAGCCCCCUCCCAGCGAGCCGGGCUCCAGGAGCAUCAACCCGGCGCCCGCACCCCGGCCCCAGCGCCCUGCGGCCACCGUGCGCUCCGGACCCCGAAGACCCCUCCCCGGCCCGGGGCUCAGAGCCCGGCAGCGCCGGCCCGGGGCUCAGAGCCCGGCAGCGCCGGCCCGGGACUCCGCUCCAUCCCCUCCGCUCGCCCCUCCGGGGCCGGGCGCGCGGCACCGUCUCCCCUCGCAGCGCGCGCGGUGCAGGGGCCCCGGCUCCCGGAGCCCCCCGUCCCCGCCGCUCCCGGCCCUGCACCCCCGCAGGCUCCUGAGGUCCGGGCGCUGCGAGGGCUCCUUCCCGCUCCUCGCGGGCGCGAGGCUCCAGCACCGCGCUCCUCUCCCGCAGCCCGCGGCCGCCGCCGCAAACCCCCCCCGUCACUCACUUCCCGGCCGGAGCUGGGGACGUCGAGAGGGUCUCGGGCGGCCGCAGCCUCCUCCGCCUCCUCCGGCCCGGCCCCGGCGGCUGAGGUGGCGGCUGCGCCCGCUCAGGCCCCGGAGCCGCCCCCGCGGCGAACGUUCUCAGGCGCCCGGCUCGCGCCGUUUCCCCGCCCGGCACGCGCAGCAAGCCCGCCCCCGGCGCGAGGGCGCUAGGGCGCGAGGGCGCAGGGCGGGGGGCGGGCACGCGCCGCCUGCGCGAGCGCGCGGCCGGGGGCGGGGCUUCCGCCGCGCCGAGGAGGGGGCGGGCGAGCGGGCCGAGUUCCCUUCGAACCCCGCCCCCUGCGGCCGAGCGGGACCCGUCCCCCCCAGCUCGCCGGGCGGCUCGCAGACCAGCGAGGGAAACCUGCCCCCUUCGGGCUGGUCGCUCACACUGGCGGCGGGCGGCCGAGGUGCGUUUCAGUUCCACAGGUAUGUGCGGGGCAGCCGGAUACUCGGCACGACGUGA